CUCAUUAGCAGAAGGCAAUUUAAUAUUUAUGAAUUGCUCUUGUUUGAAUCCCAAGUCUUCGGCUCCAGUUACAAGGAGCUGCGUCACCCUCCGAUCACAUGGUAAUUGUUGCUAUUUCCAGGAUCCCAGCCUCGCAGAGUGGCACAAAAGCUCUUUCCCCUUUUCUUGUCUUUUUUUUUUUCUUUUUUUCUUCUUUUCCCUCCCUUUUUCCCUUCUUUCUUUCUCUUUUUGAGGGUGGGUUGUUCCCCCCGCGCCCUCCCUCCUGAUUUCCCGCUCACCGGCUGCCGGCGGAGCGCUGGGCAGCGUUUGGGGAUGCCGGGGCCGCUGCCCUGACCCGGGGCGGGCAGGAGCCGCCCCCCCCCCCCCCCCCCCCCAAACCCGCCCCACUCCCGGGGAGCGGAUCCGGCCGCUGCUCUCGAUGAGAUCUGCCCGCCCCGACCCGGGACCAGCUCGGCGCUAGCACCCACGGAGGGGGGGGUGUACCCCCCAAAAUGACUGAGCUGGAAGGAGACUUCACUAAGCUGCUGCUGCUGAAGGAGGAGCGGAUCAAGGAGCUGGAGCGACGCUUGGGGGAGAAGGACGAGGAGAUCCAGGAACUGCGCCGGCGGUUGCACAAAUGCCAGUCCGUGCUGCCGGCCCCCAGCCCGCACAUCGGGCCCCGCACCACCCGCGCUCAGGGCAUCUCGGCCGAGCCGCAGACCUACCGCUCCUUCCACGACCUCCGCCAGGCUUUCCGCAAGUUCACCAAGGCCGAAAGGUCCAAGGAGCUAAUAAAGGAAGCGAUCCUUGACAAUGACUUCAUGAAGAAUCUGGAACUGUCUCAGAUCCAGGAGAUUGUGGAUUGUAUGUAUCCCGUGGAAUAUGGCAAAGACAGCUGCAUCAUCAAGGAAGGAGAUGUGGGUUCCCUGGUGUAUGUCAUGGAAGAUGGGAAGGUUGAAGUGACAAAAGAAGGUGUGAAGCUGUGCACCAUGGGACCUGGCAAAGUAUUUGGGGAGUUAGCCAUCCUCUACAAUUGCACCCGAACAGCAACUGUCAAAACUCUCGUAAAUGUGAAACUUUGGGCUAUUGAUCGGCAAUGUUUUCAAACAAUAAUGAUGAGGACAGGCCUCAUCAAGCAUACUGAGUAUAUGGAAUUUUUAAAAAGUGUUCCCACAUUCCAGAGCCUUCCUGAGGAGAUACUUAGUAAGCUUGCAGAUGUCCUUGAAGAGACGCACUAUGAAAGUGGAGAGUAUAUUAUACGACAAGGUGCUCGAGGGGACACUUUCUUUAUAAUCAGCAAAGGAAAGGUGAACGUUACUCGUGAAGACUCCCCCAGUGAAGAUCCGGUCUUUCUCCGUACUCUAGGGAAGGGAGAUUGGUUUGGAGAAAAAGCCCUUCAAGGGGAAGAUGUCAGAACAGCCAACGUCAUUGCAGCUGAAGCGGUAACUUGUCUGGUCAUAGACAGAGACUCCUUCAAACAUCUGAUUGGCGGCCUAGAUGAUGUUUCCAAUAAAGCCUAUGAAGAUGCAGAAGCAAAAGCAAAAUAUGAAGCCGAAGCUGCCUUCUUCGCCAACCUGAAACUGUCUGAUUUCAACAUCAUUGACACCCUUGGAGUCGGAGGGUUUGGACGUGUUGAGCUGGUCCAGUUGAAAAGCGAAGAAACGAAAACGUUUGCCAUGAAAAUACUGAAGAAACGUCACAUCGUGGACACGAGGCAGCAGGAGCACAUCCGCUCAGAGAAGCAGAUCAUGCAGAGCGCACACUCGGACUUCAUCGUGAGGCUCUACAGGACGUUCAAAGACAGCAAGUACCUGUACAUGCUGAUGGAAGCCUGUCUGGGUGGAGAGCUCUGGACAAUUCUCAGGGACAGAGGUUCAUUUGAGGAUUCAACGACCAGGUUUUACACGGCAUGUGUGGUUGAAGCUUUUGCCUACUUGCAUUCCAAAGGGAUCAUUUAUAGGGACCUCAAGCCAGAAAACCUCAUUCUGGAUCAUCGAGGUUAUGCCAAACUGGUCGAUUUUGGCUUUGCAAAGAAAAUAGGAUUUGGAAAGAAAACAUGGACUUUUUGUGGAACCCCGGAGUACGUAGCCCCCGAGAUCAUCCUGAACAAAGGUCAUGACAUUUCGGCAGACUACUGGUCACUGGGAAUCUUAAUGUAUGAACUCCUGACUGGCAGUCCCCCUUUCUCAGGCCCAGACCCCAUGAAGACCUAUAACAUCAUAUUAAGGGGAAUAGACAUGAUUGAAUUUCCAAAGAAGAUUGCCAAGAAUGCUGCUAAUUUAAUUAAAAAACUAUGCAGGGACAAUCCAUCAGAAAGAUUAGGGAACUUGAAAAAUGGAGUGAAAGAUAUCCAAAAGCACAAAUGGUUUGAAGGCUUUAACUGGGAAGGGUUACGAAAAGGGACACUGACGCCUCCUAUAAUACCAAGUGUUGCAUCUCCAACAGACACAAGCAAUUUUGACAGCUUCCCGGAGGACAGUGAUGAACCACCCCCUGAUGACAACUCAGGAUGGGACAUAGAUUUUUAAUGUAUUUCUCUUACCUGCUUCUGCCUUGCUGAAGACAGCUUCCUGGGACAUGGCUGCCAGCGAAACCGAAAGAAUUGGGGAGGAUUAGUGCUCGGGGUCACCAUGAUGCCUUGAUUGAUGCUGCUACAGUAACUACAGUGGCAUUAGGACUUAUUGCUUAGAUGACAAUAGUGCUCUUCAUGUUUUAUGUUCGAACUUAAAGUAGCAGUUGACAUGGUGGUCCUGACACAAAGCCUUUCACCGGUAAAGAAAUAUGUUUUCUAUCACUGCAAUGAUCUUGCUACGCUCUUAAUUAUAAAAGUCGAGAGAUACGUAGUGUAAGACGCACUUAAUUCUAGCUGCAAGGUACUGGCUUUAUCAGUAGGAUCAAUAGUAAUUUAUUAAGUGCUGUAGCUAAAUACAGUGCAGGAUUUGGGCUACUCCCACCCUCCAAACUCCCUAGGUCUUCUACUGUAGGCCAGUGUAGGAGCAAAGAAGGACCACAUGGUACUGGUCAAAGAGUUCAUGUCAAAGCAGUGGUAAAAUUUGUCCUUUUCCUUUCCAAGCAGUAUUCAUGACAAGACUGAAUGUUACCUUUCCUCUUUAUUUUUGAGAUUUUUUUAUUUUAGCCUGGUAAAACAAAAGCACAACUGCUCUAGAUCCUGUUAAGGCAGAUAUGGGUCGCUUCUCUCAUACAGCUGAGAACAUACUGUAACACGAAGUUUGGGGUUUUUUUUUUCCUUUCCCUUGGUACAAAUACAUAACUGCAUGAAAAUAACCAACCAUAAAAUUAAUCCAUUUUACAUAUAAAAUAGUGCUUAAAUAAUGUCCUGUAAUAAAGUGAAAGCAGCCCACUGGUCUUACUGGUUAGCUAUUAGGCAUAAAACUAAGCCUAACUUUUACCUUUUUAGAGCCUGAAGGGAAAACAUAAGACCCAUAAUGUACUUUAUAGGUGCUAUGUACAUCCCUCAUCUGUGAAUAUACCUAUUCAGUCAACCACCAUUUCAGAAAUAUGUAGCAAGAGGCAUCGUUCUCCGUCACGCUCUUGGAUGAUUUUACAUCUCCGUGUCUGCAUCUCUUCCGUGUUUAGUACAAAGCUAAUUAAAAUAAAAGGUGGUACAGGGCCAGUUUGCUGGCUCUGUUUGUAAUAUUGCCCAUGAAAAUGUAAUCCUAAUUACACCAGACUAAGGAGCUCCACAGGAAAAUCAGUGGAAUUAAAUGGAAAAUCGAUAUUGGAUGUGGUUGUGCGAGGUCUCCAUGUCUCCAGUGUACCAGGUCCCCAGUGACUGUCUUUAAGGCACGGGAAUGGCUAGAGCCGAGUCGGCUCGUACGGAAAAAGGAGCUGGGGAAAACAAUAUUAUCGUGUGUCCACUUUUCGCUCACUUCCACUGCUUUUCCUUUGCUUGAGUACAGUCUCUCCUGAUUUAUAGGAUGUAACAGAGGAAUCCUGUCCUGGAUGCCUGUUUGUUGUGUAUACAUGGGACUAGAAGUUUAACCCAUCAUACCAACAAGAAACAUCAGCUUUCAGACUCUGUAACAGACCCUGCCCCAAAAAUUAGCAGAUGCUGCCCCAGUUCAUCUCAGAGCUGCCAAGAACUGUUGUAUACGCUGGAAGGCGAAAGAUCAACUUUUGCUGAAAAGUCAUUCAUGACUUUUGCCUACACAGUACAUAGAAAAUGUAUGUUUUAGCAGUAAAAAAAUAUUUCCCCGAUGCUAAAUCCCCACUCUUUCCCAUGUUCCUAAUGAAAGCUACUUAACAGAAUGUAUUAAAAAGGUUUGUUCUCCCCUUCUUUGACAGCACUGACGAUGUCUGCUGUUUGCCAGCAAACUAAAGAGCUCGGUCAUCACAACGCCUUUGAAAACCAGUCUGUUUCGCUAAAUUUCCCUCCUCAUUUUCUGAAGGGUGAGGCAACACUGUCAGCACAGUGACUUCAGGUUGUUUCCGCUAUUCAUUAAUCAUUAAAACCUUGUUUACCUUCAAAACCAUAGGGAAAAGACAGUAAUGACGUCUCCCAGGAAUUACUCAUGUAGGGCAAAUACACGCUCGCUUUUCAGCCUUUGUCUGAGGGAUGGAAGACACUGAAAGCCAGUGCUGAGUACUAGGGCUAAAGUAAUCACUAGGCAUCUUAGCAGACAGGCUGCUGCCUAAAAGCCAAAUUCUUUUCUCGCAUCCCCCUGGUUUCUCACUCGACGAUGCGGCGACAUUGGAGGAGAAAACUUGCUGUCGUUGGUAACUUUGUACAGAAGAAUGUAGAGAGGAGUUUGUCCCAAAAUGAUGACAUUUAGUAGCUGAGAUGCAGUUGUCAGUCAAGGGGUUUGUCGGGAGGAAAGGGUAUCACAACAAUUUUGGGAGGCAACCCAAAAAUGUUACGGGAAGAAGGUUUUAAAAUGGGCUGAUGAGUUAUUUUUCUUUCUUCCUAUGCCUUUUUCCUUGUCCCAAGCACGGUAAUUAAUACCUGCAGCGUGUGGCAUGCGCUGUACCGAAUAUAAAUUUAUUUUGAUAUCAAACACUUCACUCAACUUUCAUCGCCUUUCCUAAGCAUACUUUAAGCAACAUACUUAGCAUAUAUAUAUGAAAAAUGCCUUCAUUUAUAAGUAAUAUAUUUGAGUUGCAUUAUAUAUAUAUAUUCACAACAACGGAUUGCCUCGGUGUUUCCACUUACUGUUCUUUCUUCUUUGCCUCCUUUUUUAACAUAUGGGAUGACAGCCUAUUUACGUAAGGGGAAAUCAGCUCCCGUAUUUAAAACGAGUGUAUUAAGAUCGGUGUCGUUAAGACGCAGACGAUCCGUAGCUUCUCACAGUGCUGCAUUAUCCAUAACAAAUUCUUAUUUAACAACAGGACCACAAGCAAAUUUUUAUGUAAAUAGGUAUUUUCGUGUUGAUAUUUUGUGGUACACAUGUAACUUUUUCUUUUAGAGUCCCAUGGCAUUAUUACUUCAUUUUCUUAUUUGUAAUGUAAUGUUUUUAGAUCAAGGUAGACUUGAAUUAAUGUCAUAAUUGUCAGUAUUAUUAAACUUUAUGUCAACUGUACUGUUAACUCAUCUGUCCCAUAGUUUUAGAACAUGAUUAGCUAUCUGGCAUUGUUGCAAGUGCCUUAAAUCCAUGGCAUCCUAUUAAAAAAAAAAAAAAAAAAAUUACAAAUUUGGUGUUAUGCUGCAUGACAAAGACAAACACACCUCAAAUUGUCGUCCUUUCUUAGCUUGCUGCGUUUUACAGUUCUUUCUGCUACCAAUUUCUAAGCCUUUAUUAUAUAAUAUUGAUGAAUUACAGAAAUGAUGAAGUCGUUCUCUUAUUUCUGUUCAAUGUACCAGAGCUGUGUAUCUGUUAAUGAGAUACAGAGUCAUUUCUGUGAAAUGUAUAAAUGUUAUGUGCGGGUCAAAUUAAUAUAUGACAUCCUAUCAGUCCGUAGACAGGUAUUCCUGUUUUGCUAAGGUGUGCAGAUUCAACCCAUUGUGCCGUCCAGCGCCAACCUCCCGUCUUAUACAAACCCCUUUAGAAAUCUCCCACCCCGAAAAAAACGACGAGCAACCCGGUGUGCAACCCGACCUGCGUUUUUUUGACCCAAAUUGACCCAAAACCCCCAUGGAAAGGCGUAGCUCGUUUGCACCACUCAACAAAACAGGAUCUGUGCUUCCCCCCCCCAACUCCUUCUAUAUGCAACCCACCGCCGAGGCGAGCCCUCAGCGCUCCCGCAGAGCUGAGCUGGAAAGCUGGAAGCUCCUCGUCCUCUGCAGCUCCCUGGCCGCGUAAAACCAGCCGUAACGCUGAGACUUGGGCGGUUUUAGGGCUUUACCGGCAAAAGGGGAAAUUUUCUUUGGAGUUGCCUAUUGUCCCUAGUCCCAAUUUACGCUGUUUUUACACUAGCCCCUUGUUUUAUAUUCUUGUUUUCUCCAGUUUUCUUCUUACAUGAAAGAGGUUUUGUUUGUCAGACAAAUGUCAGUCAUCCACCGGUCAUCGGCCGGUUGCACUCUUUUGAUGUAGAUUUAAGAACUUUUUUUCAUAAACUUUAACGGCUUUUGUUUUGCUCUGUAUUUUCCCUGCAGCUGUAAUUGCCGAGUGCCUGUUGUAUACUUUAUAGAGUUGAAAUAAAAAUAAUUACUUUUGAA